CUGUUACAUGUUUGUCUCUGUUUUCCAAUACUACUUGAAAUCUGAAGCUCUAUCGAUGCCGUGUUGUUUAAAAUCUGAUGGGUGAGGCCUUGAAUAUAAGACUUUCAAAGAUGGAGGAGGUUGCAGUCCCCUUCCUUCAUAAUUUUUAUUAAGAAUUAGUUGACAGUAAUUAUUUUAAAUACUGUCUGUUAAAAUAGGAUUAUGGGCUGCAUUUAUUUCUUAAGCUUACUUAAUGUGUGUUAAUUACCAAAUUUGUUAAGAAUUUUGUAAAAUUAUCAAUGAGGCACCCUUUUUUUGGCUUGGUGGAUCUUAUCUUUUAUGGGGAUUGAAUUUUGAAAAGGUUAAUGUUAACAAAGAAAGAGAUUUCUCUUCCGGUGGAAAUCUGACCUCCUUGCAGAUCAGUUAUAGAGUGGAGUUGAACUAUAUAUAAUAAUAUUACUUGAAUUAAGCAUGCAACGAGAUGUUUGGGUGGGAUAGAAUUAGAUUGUGUGUGCUGUUCUAUGUUUUUUUCUUCUUUUAGUAUGAAAACAUUAACUUUCCAAUUUUAGUUUCUCAUAAUUGAAUUUAUAUUUGACGGAAUUUUUAAUUAAUACUUCCAAGUGAAACUGUGAUCAAAUCUAAUUUUUGCAAUAAGAUCAGAUUUCUACCUUUUAGCUAAACCUAGUUGAAUUGUUAAUGAGAGAAAUGCUACCAUCACUUGCAAUGGGCUUUCAAUGGAUGCGUGCAACGCGCACCUUUGAAUUGAAUGGUGCAAGGGUCUGUCACUUGCGAGCGAGGGUCGCAUUUCCCUCGUUGUCAGUUCAAAGUCUCCGGGAAGGCUUGGGUGUUAGAAUUUUAUCUGGUGUAAAUAUUUCCAACAUGGCAAUUUUUAUUAUUGAAACUCGUGGAUAAUAUAGUCAUAAAGCACUAUUUAAGUUUUCAAGUUGGGGAUGUGAACGUUGCAUGGUGAGGUCCACCAUGCAAUAAAUAAAUCAACAUAAAUCUGAUCCAUACGAAAGCUUAUUUUUUAAAAACCUUUUGAAAUCAAUAAAAAAGCUUCUGGCAAAUAUGGAAAUGCAAAAGGUGAUAGAAUUGGAGUAAAUUCUACAUGGAUUUGUGCUAGAUUUGUGUUGAUUGGUCUUCUACAUGGAAGGCCAAGCAAUGGCUACAUUCUCAAUCUUGAGGAUUUAACUAGCGUGGAUGGGGUUCGCACGUGUGUUUAUAGGAUGUGAUCAAAAGCAUGAAGAAGAAAUGGAUUCUGAAGCAAUCUACAAAAAUUUUGUUCUUCGGGUUAUGGCUGCAAGGAGUCCCAACAUACGGCUUCGGAAAGCAUUGUACAGAAAGGAUUCAGGUGCCAAUAUUAAAUGUCCCCAGACAGUUCCAGCAAAAUCUUCGAAACCUCGAGUAUCAAGAUUGGCCCUGAUGUCCUCAAUAUCUAAAAAAAUGGUCGAUCAAAAAGUGAAAGUCAAACCUCUUGCUAAGCAAAAUGCAACUCCAAAUGUGAGGGAAAAGCAGUCUUCUGUUGCAUCCAAGGCUCUGACUACUCCAAGGAACAAAAAGCGACUGUCAAAUCCUGAUGCAUUUCGGAGUGCUAGGAACCCAAAGGCAAUGGACAUUGCAAAUAGUAGAGUGGUAGCAAAGGCGUUAUUUCGUUCACCUAAUAAGUCAGUGAGCACAAAAACUUCAAUAGAAUUGGAUACAACUGUCAAGAAAAUAUGUGCAGGUGUGAAGAAGUUUGAGGUCACUGAUGGAAAGAAGCAUGCUAAUACACCAUUGUCUUCAAAUGCUCUAAGAAAACAACUGCGAGGACGAGAGGUUAAAAGCAGAGUUUAUGAUGGGCCGCUUUCCCGAAAUUGUAAGGGAAAAAAUUUAAAGCAGUAUCACGGUCCUAUGCCUCAAAAUGGGGCUGGAAAUAAUUUCAGUGACAUGGAGAUUCAGGAGAAAUCAAGAAAUGGUUCUCGGGGAGUCUGCUCUACUGCUAAAUGUGAUGAAGGAAAUAAUCCACAUGAACCAUCACUGGUUGAGAAUAAAGCUGAAGCUUUGUCAGAUGCCAACGAAAAUACCCAGUCAAAUUAUGAAGAGAGGGGGUCGGGAGAAAAUGACGUUCCCAAACUUCUGGCUUCAAGUGAAGAGGGCAAUGAGACCAGUGAAAGACAUGGUGAAGAAGAUGAAAUGAACUCGAGUUUGGAUAAGGGCACUGAUGGAAUCAUGGAAAGUAAUGAUAGAAAACAUAUUUUGAUAUCAGAUGACAAGGAAAAUGACAGUGAAGCCAUGGAGAGCGACAAUAAGGAAAAUGCUUCAGCCUCUGACGAUAACAGAGACAUGGAUCUUAAUACCGGCCACUUGAAAAGACAAACCCUUGGCAAGCAUGAGAGUGUGAAGAGCACACAAAUGAUAGCCAAAGCAAUGAGGAAGCCAUCUAAAGAGAACUUCGUUACUGACGCUACUGGUGUUCAAGGACUGAAACGUGGAAAACCUAAGCCUACGAAUCCCAAGCCUUUUCGGCUAAGAACUGAUGAAAGAGGGAUUCUUAAGGAAGCAACCUUGGAGAAGAAGCUUCACGCUGCUCCUCUGAAAGAAAUCACAGUUACGAGGUUCCCAGGAGGAAGUUUACAGAAAAAACAGAAGGCAUUGCUAAGAAAUGACAAGAGCCUUGAACAAACUGAAUUAGCUAAUGAUGCUCAGAAAGCAUGUGAAAAGGAAAGAAACACGACACAGAAGGAACAUCAAAAUCAGGCUUCUAUCUUGAAGAACUCCAAAGAAAGAGUGAGACGAAAAUUAUCUUCAGCUCCACAGAGACAUACAGUUUCGUCCCAACAGAAGCUUGUGUCUCCACUGAAGAAAUAUAGUCAUCGUAAGACAACAGCUCAAGAUUUGGGGAAUACCUUGAAAAGGGCCAAAUCACCAAUUGUGAGAAAUGUCGUGAGACCACAAGAGACCUCAUCGACUACAAAAGAAACACUCCCUGUUACGUUACCUGGUCAACUAGGUGUGAUAAAGGAAGAAUCACCAGAAAUCUUGUUGAGACCCAAAGAAGUUGCAAAGCCUAGCAAAAGCAGUGCUUCCCCAGAAACCAAAGCUUCUGCUGUCCCCAGGCAAUCACUACAGGGGAGGAGGUCCACAACUAUUCCAAAGGAACCGAAUUUCCAUACCAUCCACACGCCAAAGAGCUGCACACGAAGAGUGGCUUAAGUUAUUUUCUAGGAAAACACUCCAGUUUGUGCACUGUCUUGUUGCUGUUCAAUUCAUCCAAUGAAUAUAUUUCUUCGGCUUAAACUGUUCGAGCAAUUCUUUGUUGUUGUCUACAUAUUGUAUUCUUAUAGCCAAUGAGAGAUCUCGUUCCUGUUCCAUUCAAUCAAAGCGAUGCGAGCGUGUUCCUUCUAAAGGUCCUAUAUUCUCAGUUUUUAUUUAAACAUAUUGAGUGUUCUUGCUGAGUUGCUGUAUUGUCUAAUUAACCAUCAGAGUACAAUUUUUGCCAA